UCUUUCUUCCUCUUCUACAACUAUUUUCUUUCUUUUGCACACUUCUUUACGUUGCUUAUGCAGGACGUUACUACACGACCACAUAAUGCGUCCUCACAGCUGGACGAUAUCUACCAGCAUCUAGAUUCAUUCAUUGAUGAACUGGAAUCCGAUGCAUUACCGGUGCAUCCCAAUGCACCUAUUAAACAAUCGCCAGUAUAUCACAUACCAAAAGAGGACACAAUCUAUCAAUAUGAAAUUAAUUCGGCUUCACCUCCAAAUUUUGGCAACCACACUGACCUCUUGCCACCUUUAUCCCCACCGCAUUUAUACAACAAGACCUAUAGUUAUCAGUUCUCGCCACCUAUAUCGCCUGCACCAACACCAUCGACUGCCGAUGCCGCACCUUGGCAAGUAUCCUUUUCCGAACCUGCCCUAAAAGAGAUCCGAACCCAGCCACAACGACUGGAAAGGGUCAACAUGAACGGACAUGAAAUAUCCUUGUAUUCGGACAAGUAUGAAGUGCCUGAGAUCGAAGUUGAUGAGCCUCCUUUCGAGAACAUGGCCUGUCUAUCGAUACUUGCUACUGCCUUUGUUGCCAGAGUUCGAGAACUGGCUGGUAUGAGAGAAUUGUUCUGCACUAUUGAAUAUCCAGAGAGCUUUACUGGCAGUGAGGCUGUGAUGAUCAUCAAGCAGCUCAUUCCAAACGGGUAUUCAGAUGCUGCCUGUCUACGAGUGGCGCGCGCCUUGAUGAAAGCAGAGCCGCCACUUUUCUUUCCCACUUCUUAUGCAGAAAAAUCCUUGAAAAAGAACGCCAUCUACAACUCAUCCAGCGAAAUCUACACCUUGGAUGAAGCGUCCUCCCCCGAGAAGCAGUAUCCUCAAGGCAUCUUUACUCCCAUCACCAACUGCUACGUCAGCACAUGUAGCACAGGUUGCUAUGCACCUCGGUGUCCAAACAUCGGAGUGGCUGUGAAUGUCCAGUCCUCGGCUGGCAAUUUGCAGCGCCACAUGUCAUUGGCGUCGUCCAUGGCAUCGUCGGUGGACUCGACGAUUUCAAGAGCAUGGUCUGCCAACGUGCCUCGGGAGAUUUUGUUGGCCACUCCAGAACCUGAAAUUAAGCGCCAAGAGGCCAUCCAUGAACUUAUUUACACUGAAGAAGACUACGUUCGUGAUCUUAAUUUGUUGGAUGAGCUUUUCGCAACUCCGCUGGCCACUGCGCCAUGUAUUCCAUCUGAACGUCGAUCGAAGUUCACUGACGAAGUGUUCUUGAAUUAUCGUGAUGUGCGACAAGCCAACUUGGAGUUUUACAGAGAUUUGAGUGAUCGGCAAGAGCAUUGCCAGGGUCAAAACGAAGCCGGGUUUGUUGAUCAAAUUGGAGAUAUCUUGUUACGCCAUGUUGAAAAGCUCUGUCAGCCCUACCUUACCUACGGUCCCAACGUCGUCUUGGCUGAGUAUAUGGUGAAAAGGGAGACAUCCAGCAAUCUGUUGUUUACCAACUUUAUACGUGAGAAGGAAAAGCAAGCUGAAGUUCGAAAAUUACCCUUUCGACAUUUUUUGAUUUUGCCCGUCACCAGAAUACAGCGCUAUUCUCUACUGCUCAACUCGGUAUUGAAGAAGACGCCAGUGGGCCAUCCAGAUCACCAGGCUAUAACCAAGGUAUUGGAUGUCAUUCGUCUUACGGCUUCUAAAGUGGACGCUCAGACCGCCAUGACGAAAGCAAGAGUUCGUGUUCUUCAGAUUGCACAUAGUAUGCGAGGCGAUACCAAUAUCAUUGAUCAGCUCCAGCUCACCGAUCCAUCUCGGCGUCUGUUCAUGGAAGGUCACUUAACGAGACGUAGCCAUACCGGUGUGGAAACCAUUGACCUUAGAGUCUUCCUCUUCGACCACUCAGUCAUUAUGACCAAAGUGAAGAAAUCGCUGUCAGGCGAAGAGGAGUUUUGGCUCUCUAAAUUACCUAUCCCUCUCAAUUUGCUAAAGGUGCAAGAGAUGGCAGAGCUUUCUAGCUUGAAGUCAGCCACCACAAGCUCAACUGGAACCACAUCUUAUGCCAAUAUGCUACCUGCUUUGCAAGUCCCAAGUACUUUUGCUUUGGUCCAUCUUGGACGCCAUGGCGGCAUCUACGUUUUAACCGCUGACUGUUUGGCUGAUAAAUUAGCUUGGAAGGAGAAGAUCACAGAAGCCCAACGAGUACGGGAAGUCAAAUACGCUUCACAAGAGGUGUUCGACAUUCGUAUCUUGAGUGAUACCACUUUCCCUGGUUCAUCGCACAGCAGUAUUUCUCUGAACUAUGGUAAAGUGCUAUGCUCCUCUCCGUUCGCUGGCCCACAAGGUCGAAGAAUGGUGGCAAUAGGAACAAGCAAAGGUGUUUGGAUCGGCACUGAAGGCAAUGCUGGUGAUUACAGGCAUGUCCUGUCUCUGCAAAAUGUCACGCAGCUUGCCUAUUUGGAAGAGCAGGGGGUUCUAAUCGUGCUAGCAGAUAAACAACUGCUAGCUUACGCUAUCGAUUCCCUUUGCGGGUCACCAAGCUUCAAAAGCAACGAACGAACAUGCCAAAAACUUGGUCAACAUGUGGCAUAUUUUAGUUGUGGAACGUGUAAUGGGAAGACUUUGGUCGUGUUCAUGAAGAAAAAGGGAAUGGACAGUCAGUUCAAGGCCAUCGAACCCAUCUGUGGCGACUUGCGAGACCCAAAAAAUACCAAAUUCAGGACUGGCCGUAGUAGUUUCCUCAGCAAGAAUCCAGAGUGGUUCAAGACUUAUAAGGAAUUCUACGUCGGAGCUAACUCCACUGCAGUGCAAUUUUUGAAGGCCAAGCUCAUUGUUGUGUGUGAUAAAGGGUUCGAAAUUGUGGACUUGGAAAACUUGAAUAUGAACAGAAAUCUACCCGAUCUCUCAGAUAGUCAAUUCAACUUCUUGUCAGCAAAGGCCGAACAGCUUCAACCAUUAUCGAUGUUCCGUACCAAUUCCAAAUUCCUUCUCUGUUACGAUGACUUCGCUUUUUAUGUCAACAACCACGGUUACUUGGCAGCUGGUGGUGGUAGAAGUGACCCCAUACAAAUCAGAUGGGAAGGAACACCACAAGAAGUGAUAUUGUAUCACUCGUAUGUCGUAGGGUUCGACCCUAACUUCAUCGAGAUUCGCAACUCGGAAACGGGCAACCUGAUACAAAUCAUUCAAGGCAGCUUUAAUCGUUGUCUUCAUUAUAGCGAAGCAUCUGCAUCACCAGCUAUUCAUGGGUGUAUGGCCCACCCCUUCAAACCAGAUUAUCAGACCAUAUUUCAGCUGGUAUUAGAUCCACGUGCACCAAAUGUUAGCGGUCGCUGAACGUAUACCCUUUGCUAGAUGGCCCAUUCGCCUGCUCAAUCAUAAACACUAACACUACUCUCACACUCCCAACACUUUUUUCUAUAUCCCGAAAUAAUCAAAACUCUCCAACCCAAUUUUAGCUGGUAUACAACAUGAUACUCCAUGCAGGAUUCUAUCAAUGAUCAGCCAAUCGGCCAAUUCCCAACUUUUUAUUGUACAAAUAA